AUGAUAUCUCGAGCGGCGGCUCCCUCCACCUCCACCCUCGCCUCCCUCUCGAGCCGCUCCCUCCGCGCCCAGGGGGCGGCCGCCCGCUCGUUCGCUACGGUGCAGGAGGCUCCUCCCGUCAAGCACUAUGGUGGGCUCCGGGACCAGGACCGCAUCUUCACCAACCUUUACGGUCACCACAGCCCCGAUUUGAAGUCGUCUAUGAAGUAUGGUGGUGAUUGGCACCGGACGAAGGAUAUCGUGCUCAAGGGCGACGAUUGGCUCAUCUCCGAGAUCAAGGCGUCUGGCCUGCGUGGUCGUGGUGGUGCUGGUUUCCCUUCCGGACUGAAAUAUUCGUUCAUGAACACCAAGGACUGGGACAAGGACCCCCGCCCCCGCUACCUGGUCGUCAAUGCCGACGAGGGCGAGCCUGGUACCUGCAAGGACCGCGAGAUUAUGCGCAAGGACCCCCACAAGCUCAUUGAGGGCUGCUUGGUCGUUGGCCGCUCCAUGAACGCUAAUGCCGCCUACAUCUACAUCCGUGGCGAGUUCUACGAGGAGGCCACCGUUCUCCAGCAGGCUAUCAACGAGGCCUAUGCCGCGGGCUACAUCGGCAAGAACGCGUGCGGCACCGGUUACGAUUUCGACGUCUACAUCCACCGCGGAAUGGGUGCCUAUAUUUGCGGCGAGGAGACCUCGCUCAUUGAGUCCAUUGAGGGCAAGGCCGGCAAGCCCCGCCUGAAGCCUCCAUUCCCCGCCGCCGUCGGUCUGUUCGGCUGCCCCAGUACCGUCACCAACGUCGAGACCGUCGCCGUCGUCCCCACCAUCGUUCGCCGCGGUGCCAGCUGGUUCUCGUCCUUCGGCCGUGAGCGCAACGCCGGUACCAAGCUGUUCUGUAUCUCCGGCCACGUCAACAACCCCGCUACCGUCGAGGAGGAGAUGUCCAUCUCACUGCGCGACCUGAUUGAGAAGCACUGUGGAGGUGUCCGUGGUGGCUGGGACAACCUGUUGGCUGUCAUUCCCGGUGGUUCCUCGACCCCCGUGAUUCCCAAGUCCGUCGCCGACAACCAGCUGAUGGACUUCGACGCCUUGAAGGACUCCCAGUCCGGUCUGGGUACUGCGGCCGUCAUUGUCAUGGACAAGUCCACCGAUAUCGUCCGCGCCAUCUCCCGUCUCUCCACCUUCUACAAGCACGAGUCCUGCGGUCAGUGCACCCCCUGCCGUGAGGGUAGCAAGUGGACCAUGCAGAUGAUGCAGCGCAUGGAGACCGGUAACGCCCGUGAGCGCGAGAUCGAUAUGCUCCAGGAGCUCACCAAGCAGGUUGAGGGCCACACCAUCUGCGCUCUGGGUGAGGCCUUUGCAUGGCCCAUCCAGGGUUUGAUCCGCCACUUCCGUCCCGAGCUGGAGGCUCGCAUCCGCCAGUACGAGAAGGAGAUUGGUGGUGCUCCCUUCGCUGGUGGCUGGAAGCCUUCUUCCCGUGCUGAGGGCAAGCUCAUCUCCCCCGGCAUGUAA